AUACUGGAGAUGUUGUGUUGCAGCGAAAGAAGAUAAUCCGCUGUGGUGAAAGCCACUAGUUCGAAAUAUAAAUUAGCCACCACCGAACCCAACAUCCUAGAAUCAUUCUCUCAAUAACAAAGUCGACCCCAUGGGUUUGAAACUCGAUACAAAAGGCCUAACAGUACUCAAUAAGCUUUAUCAUUCUUGAGAGGCCCUUCCUUAUUACCAAGUGACAUCAUGCCUGAAUCUGUGGCCAUGGAAAUCUAUCUCAACGGCCCGAAAGAGUUGCCUGACGUCUGGGCAGGGCAGGGAACGCAGGGGGCACAGAACAACAAGAAAGGAACAAAGUGAAUCUCGAAGGAAUUGAAAUUGAUACCCGCGCAGGCGCACUUGACGACGAAUGGAUCAGAGUGUAAAUAUGUGAACUGGCUCCCUGGAAAGGCAGCCUCGUCGUUAUGGUAAAUUGUAUUUAUCAUUGUUGCCGUAUAAACAUUGAGCUCGUUCUUGUCUAGUCAAAUAGUGAGCACUGUCUCAUCCAGGUUUCUACCCCACCUCUUGACAACAACUCCAGACAACGGUAUCAAGCGCUCUGCGAA